AUGGUCCUACAAAUGUCCGCUGUGCUUCUGGGUACAGAACCUGAUUUGUGUAACGAGGUAGAAUCGGUUCAUUAUCUUCUUCAUUGGUGUCUACAUUCGCCAGUAUCUGAACUAAGAGCCGGCGUCUGUGGUUUUUUCAAUCAGUGUCUACUUCGCUUUGUCCGUAUUCGACCUGAAAAUCAAUAUUCACCUGGCCUACGAGCUGCUAUGCCAUUAACAACUGCAGAAACUUUGAGUAUAGCAGUUGAAGCUACUCACAAUCAGGUGGAUCCACGUGGCCAAGUGGAUGUCCGUAUACCCUUACCGCAAAUCUUGGAACAACAAGCAGUUAUUAAUAUUGUAUGUAGUCUGGUUAGCUCAAACAUACGACAGCUGACCGAGCAAAUAGUGAACUCGCGAGCUGCUUCUUCCUUGGUUCAAACAGAGGACUCCAUAUUGCUGGUAAAAGCGCCAAACGGAAAGAUUAACUCGUCACCGGGUGAAUAUUAUGACUCAGCCUUUUUCAUUUAA